ACACUCAAUUGACUCAAUCAGUCUUUGUCAAACUUAUGUCAAACUGAAAUGGAUGUUAGAAAGUCGGUCUCAAAUUUGUGUAGUUAUGAUUUCCGAAAUAUUUGCAAUUUAUCUUGUUUGAAUAAGAAGAACAUAAAAUUGAAAAACCGCGUUUGAUAACGACUGCUUCUCGUCGUUCGAUCUCUUCCAGUGUAAUAGGUGGAUCGUAUUCUAGUGUCAUCUGUUGGCAGUAUCAUCGUUAGCACACGUGAAGUAAUAUAAUUGAGAACACAGGUCACAACAACCAACAACUAGAGUUGUGAUCUGUGAUUGAGGUCGUGGUAGGUCCUUAUUAGAAGUUCAACAAUAUGGAAUCGUGGGACGACGAAAAUUUCGAGCCUUCAACUCCUAGCCUGUCCCAGGUGGUGGCUAAUAAAUGGGAUGGCGAGGAUGAAGAAGACGAGGUUAAGGUAAGGGAAAGUUGGGAGGAUGAAGAGGAGGAGGAGAAGGAAGAAAAACCCACAACAGAGGUCCAACCAAAACCUAAAAAGAAGCCGUUGGCUGAGAGAAUCGCUGAAAAGGAGAGAUUGAAAAGAGAGGAAAUGGCGAAACGCCUUCAAGAAGAGGAAGAUGAAAUGUCACCAGAAGAAAAACUGCGUCGUCAAAAGGAGGCAGACUUGAAUCUGGCAUUAGCAACAACUUUUGCCGAAGGAAAUGUGAAAAAUUCUAAAAUAGGUGAUCUUGAUUUGCCAAAUUCAAAAGAAGAAUUCGAUACUUUCACAGAAACCCUCUCCAAGAAGCUUACAUCUCUGUCCAGCAGCAUAGAAUAUCCCAAUUUUGUUGAGAACUUAUCUAGGAACCUUUGUGCCACAAUGACAUCGCUUGAUAUUAGAAAAAUAAAAAAUUCGUUAGACAACUUAUAUUUAGAAAAACAGAAAGUCGAAAAAGGUGAUAAGGCAAAAAAGAGUAAGGGAAAAGGAAAGGCUAAGCUCAGAAUGGAGGGGGAUAAUCAAUUAUCGCAGCUGUCCGCUUACACAAACGAUUAUGACGAAUUUGACGACUUUAUGUAGCAGAAAAUUUCACGAGGAACGAAUAGGUUUUUAAUAAUUAUAUUAAGUUAUUCAAGGAACAAUUGUUACACAUAUUCUAAAUUAAGUCGUGUGUGUAUUUUAUUGAAUAUGCAAUAUAUAUUUUUCAAUUUUGUUUAUGUAUAGUUUUUCUUUAUGAGUUGAGGUACUCCUUCUGUUUUCGACUUUUUGCAAUGCCUGUAUAUUAUAAGACUUGAAAUAUUUUACACCCAAUAUGCUACCAAUGUUGAAUAAAAACCUAACAGUUA